UAUUGUCGUUCACCUCAUUACUCCUCUUAAUUAGUACUACUAACUAUAUCCAAAGAACCUUCUUCCCCAUCUUCAACGUGAACGACAUUCCAAAAUUUUAAUAACGGAACGCAAAACGACACUGCACAAUAAAACAAAAUAAAAUAGAAAACAGAGAGAAUAGAAUUUCUCAGCUUCCAAACAGAUCUCCGUUCCGUUGGUCCUGCCGGCGGUAACUAUCUUCCGAUGGCUCCGAUUCCGUCCGAGAAUGGCGUCGAAGGAGAUGACGAGAGAGAAGAAGAAGAAGAAGAAGAAGAAGAAGAAGAGGAGGAGGAGGGGGAGGAAGAAGAAGACGAAGAAGCAGAAGAAGGAGAAGAGGAAGAUGACGAAGAGGAGCCAAGGCUCAAGUACCAGAGAAUGGGAGGAAGUAUACCUGCGCUGCUAUCUAACGACGCAGCUUCUUGCAUCGCCGUCGCGGAACGCAUGAUCGCACUCGGUACUCACGACGGCAUUGUCUACAUCCUCGAUUUCCUCGGCAACCAGGUGAAAGAGUUCCCUGCUCAUUCUGCUGUUGUUAACGACCUUAGCUUUGAUUUAGAGGGUGAGUAUAUUGGAAGCUGUUCCGAUGAUGGAUCAGUUGUUAUUUGCGGUCUUUUUUCCGAUGAGAAAACGAAGUUCGAGUAUCAUCGGCCGAUGAAGGCGAUUGCCUUGGAUCCUGAUUACACAAGGAAUGCCUCUAGGAGAUUUGUUGCAGGUGGUUUAGCUGGCAAUUUGUAUUUGAAUUCGAAGACAUGGUUAGGCUAUCGUGACCAGGUUUUGCACUCUGGGGAAGGUCCAAUACAUGCAGUGAAGUGGCGAACGAGUCUUGUUGCUUGGGCAAACAACACAGGAGUGAAGGUUUAUGAUACUGCCAAUAACCAGCGGGUAACAUUUAUUGAAAGGCCAAGAGAUAGCCCCAGGCCUGAGCUUUUGCUUCCUCACUUGGUUUGGCAGAGUGACACCCUCUUGGUUAUUGGCUGGGGAACUACUGUCAAAAUUGCUUCAAUAAGAACAAACCGCUAUCAAGUAGCCAAUGGGACAUACAGAAAUUUUCCUUUGUCUAGUAUGAGCCAGGUGGACAUUGUGGCAUCAUUUCAAACUAGCUAUUUCAUCUCAGGAAUUGCCCCCUUUGAUGAUGCUCUGGUUGUUCUGGCGUAUGUUCCUGGAGAAGAUGGAGAAAAGGACUUUAGUAGCACUGCUCCUUCUCGGCAGGGCAAUGCUCAAAGACCAGAGGUUCGAAUAGUAACAUGGAACAAUGAUGAACUUUCAACAGAUGCUCUACCAGUACACGGCUUUGAGCAUUACAAGGCAAAGGACUAUUCUCUUGCUCAUGCUCCCUUCUCAGGUAGCAGUAAUGCUGGUGGUCAGUGGGCUGCAGGUGAUGAACCACUUUAUUAUAUUGUGUCCCCAAAGGAUGUAGUUAUUGCAAAGCCAAGGGAUACUGAAGAUCAUAUUACUUGGCUUCUUCAACAUGGGUGGCAUGAAAAAGCUUUGGCUGUAGUUGAAUCAAGUCAUGGGAGAAGUGAACUUCUUGAUGAGGUGGGAUCUAGAUACCUUGAUCAUUUGAUAGUGGAAAGAAAAUAUUCUGAAGCAGCUUCAUUGUGUCCCAAGUUGCUUCGAGGGUCAGCCUCAGCUUGGGAAAGAUGGGUUUUCCACUUUGCUCACCUUCGUCAACUCCCUGUUUUGGUUCCGUACAUGCCUACAGAAAAUCCUAGACUGCGUGAUUCUGCCUAUGAGGUUGCUCUAAAUGCAUUGGCUACAAAUCCUUCCUUUCAUAAGGAUCUCUUGUCCACUAUUAAGUCCUGGCCACCUGUAAUUUAUUCUGCACUAUCUGUUAUUUCAGCUAUUGAACCUCAGCUUAAAACUUCAUCCAUGACUGAACCACUCAAGGAGGCAUUAGCAGAAUUGUAUGUAAUUAAUGGGCAACAUGAGAAAGCUGUUGCUUUGUAUGCUGAUCUUAUGAAGCCAGAAGUAUUUGACUUCAUUGAUAAACAUAAACUGCAUGGUGCAAUUCGUGAGAAGGUUUUCCAACUAAUGAUGAUUGAUUGCAAGCGUGCUGUUCCUCUGUUAAUCCAAGCUAAAAACUUAAUAAGCGCUCCUGAAGUUGUGAAGCAACUUCAAAAUGCUGAUAAUGAGUCUGACUCAAGAUACUUCUUGCAUUUAUAUCUCCAUUCAUUAUUUGAAGUUAAUCCACAUGCUGGGAGGGACUUUCAUGAUAUGCAGGUAGAACUAUAUGCAGACUAUGAUCCAAAGAUGCUGGUACCUUUUCUUCGAAACAGUCAACAUUAUACCCUUGAGAAGGCUUAUGAGAUUUGCAUAAGGAGAGAUCUAAUUAGAGAGCAAGUCUUCAUCCUAGGAAGGAUGGGAAACUCAAAGCAAGCUCUAGCUGUAAUUAUAAAUAAACUGGGAGACAUAGAGGAGGCUGUAGAGUUUGUCACCAUGCAGCAGGAUGAUGAUCUUUGGGAAGAACUAAUCCAGCAAUGCCUUAACAAACCUGAAAUGGUGGGCAUACUAUUGGAGCACACAGUUGGAAACCUCGACCCCCUCUACAUUGUAAAUAAGGUUCCCAAUGGGAUGGAAAUACCUCGGCUAAGGGAUCGGCUGGUAAAAAUUAUCACUGACUUCAGGACUGAAACAUCACUUAGACAUGGGUGCAAUGAUAUACUUAAGGCGGACUGUGUCAACCUUUUAGUUAAGUAUUACAAAGAGGCAAAGCAGGGAAUAUGUCUAACUAAUGAAGAAGAUGAGCCACGAGCGAAAAGGAGAGGUACUAAUGCUUCGCACUGGAAAUCGUCUAGUUUUAGAACCAUGGAAAUGAACUCAAAGAUCUCUAGGGGAGGUGCAAGAUGUUGUAUAUGUUUUGAUCCCUUUUCUAUACGUGAUGUAUCGGUCAUUGUUUUCUUUUGCUGUCAUGCUUAUCACUCAACUUGUCUUACGGAUUCUUCCUACACUAGCAGUAGCAAGAAAGAGAGUGGAGUCAAUAAUAGUGAUGAUAAUGAUAAUGAUGAUGAUGAUGAUGAUGAUGAAAUGGAGGUUGGUGGCCCUCGAAUGCGAUGCAUAUUGUGUACUACUGCUGCUAGUUAGGGUGUGUUGCGUUAAUGCUUGGUUGUGUGUGCUUGCAUGCAUAAAGAGGUGCAUGUGUGGUUUCCCUCUUCUUGUUGCUUCAAUAUGAUGUCAA